GAACCCGCGAUUGAAAAAGGUACGGGGACCUCUAUGCACUGCACUGACUGCACUGACUACAGCCUAAAACACGGGCGUACCUGAACCUCGUCCGAUCUUCCCGUCCCCUCCUUCCUCCAAUUCUUGCUUUCCAGACACUGCAUGUCAAAAUGAGUCUGUUCGUUGCUAGCACCAGGUCCGCCUUCCGGGCUGUCGCCCCCAUCAAGAGGUCUUUCCAGACCCGCCGCUCCUAUGCGACCGAGCCCUCCAAGGGCGGCAGCAGCAGCACCAUCCUCCUCGGCGCCGCCGCUGUUGGUAUUGCCGGCGCCGGCGCCUACUUCUUCUCCGGCUCUGGUGCCGCCAAGAAGGCUGAGGCCAGCGUUAAGGAGGUGACCGAGAAGCUCACCCCCGGCGAGAUCAAGAAGGCCUUCGUCGGCGGCGACCAGGGCUGGGUUAGCCUCAAGCUCGACGAGGUUGAGCUGGUCAACCACAACACCAAGCGCCUGCGCUUCAGACUUCCCGAGGAUGACAUGGUGUCUGGCCUCCACGUUGCCAGCGCUAUCCUCACCAAGUUCAAGCCUCUCGAUGCCGAGAAGGCUGUCCUCAGGCCUUACACUCCCAUCAGCGACGAGAGUGCCCAGGGCUACAUUGACCUCCUGGUCAAGAAGUACGAGGGUGGUCCCAUGAGCACCCACCUCCAUGAUAUGGCUCCCGGCCAGCGCCUCGACAUCAAGGGCCCUCUUCCCAAGUACCCCUGGGAGGCUAACAAGCACAAGCACAUCGCCCUCGUUGCUGGCGGCACCGGUAUCGCCCCCAUGUACCAGCUCAUCCGCGCCAUCUUCAACAACCCCGACGACAAGACCAAGGUUACUCUCGUCUUCGGCAACGUCAGCGAGGAGGACGUUCUCCUCAAGCACGAGCUCGCCACCAUCGAGAACCACUACCCCCAGCGCUUCCGCGCUUUCUACGUCCUCGACAACCCUCCCAAAGAGUGGACCGGUGCUAAGGGCUACAUCAACAAGGACCUCCUCAAGACUGUCCUUCCUGAGCCCAAGAACGAGGAUAUCAAGGUCUUCGUCUGCGGCCCUCCUGGCAUGAUGACCUCCAUCUCCGGCAACAAGAAGAGCCCCAGGGACCAGGGCGAGCUGUCCGGUAUCCUCAAGGAGCUCGGCUACUCUGCCGAUCAGGUGUACAAGUUCUAAGCGACUUGGGACUUUCUGAUGCAUCUUGCGUAUUAUAAUAUCACCAUCUUGAUUAGCUAGAAUAGCGCGGCGUCACUUGAGUUGGGCAAUGUGGGAUUGGCUUGGUCUACGAUACUUAUGCUUGACGAGCACACGCGGCGCACAUCCUGCUGUGUAUAGAUAGAGGAUAAUAGAAGGCAGAAAAACAGCCAGAUAUGAAAGACCAAAAGCGAUAUGAUGAUCAUGCGAAAAUUCUUGCUUUUCUGAAACGAUGCUCGGUUUCAAUUGCAG